AGCAGCGUUUGGGGGAAUGUCUAAAACGACAAUCUUUAUACGCGGAAGUAGGUGCGCAGGAAGUGGCUAUUGCCAAACACAUUCUGUACUUUAUAUGCAAGGACAAAAGACCAUUCGAUAUCGUGAAAGGCAAAGGGUUCCAGAAACUUUUAAAACUGUUGUGCCCUUCGUACACCAUUGCUUCAUAAAAAUGAAUGAGGUUAUUGGAACCUUUCAAGAAGUGUCUUCAUUUGCUCUUACGUGCGAUGUGUGGACUGAGACGAUGUGCACAAAGAGUUUCCUGGGCGUAACUGCACAUUAUAUACACAACAACAAAAUGAUGAGCAGAUGCCUAGCCACAAAGGAAUUGGAAGAGCGACAUACUGCUGACUAAAUAGCCGAAAAUUUAAGAUCGGUUUGCGCGAAGUUCCAUAUUGAAGCAAG